AUGAUGUUACUAAGAAAUCUCGAUCCGAGGAGACGACUGUGCAACUGUACGAGGUUGGUGGUCACCGAACUACGGCGUCACAAUUUUAAAGCGAGAAUUUCGGGAGGUGACGCACAUGACGAGGACAUCGUCGUGCCCAAGAUACGGCCAACGUCUAGCGGUGAGGACGACCUGCCCAUAUUACUGCACUACCUUCAAUUUGCGGUGAGAUUGUCGUUCGCCAUGACCAUCAACAAGUUGCAGGGUCUGACGUUUGAUCGGGUAGGUUUGAUACUGACGUUACCCGUGUUCACGCACGGGAAACUGUACGUAGCGUUUUCUAGGAUGAGAACCACCCAAUCCGUGAGGGUCAGCAUGCACGGUGAUGAAAGUGGGCGAUUCGUCACCAAGAACAUUGUGUAA